AUGAAUUGCGGAAAGUGUCGAGAUGAACUAAUCAAGGAAGACGGAUUAUUUUGCAUGGAAUGCAAAACAUGUUUUCAUCACUAUUGUCAAGGUAUGAAUGAUAAUAGUUUUGGUAAAAUGUCAAAAAAUACGAAAAGCAAAUGGGUCUGUAGUGAUUGUAAAACUGAAUGGAAUAACAAAAAGGGUAAUCAGAGCAAUAGCGAUAAAAAUGAUGAAAUAAAGCAAUUAACGGAUUCAGUUAAAUAUAUGAGUGAUAAAUUUGACCAGUUCAAUUUAACAGUGGGGAAAAUACUUAAUGAGAUGAAAGAACUUAGAGAUCAAAACCAGAAAUUAUUUGAAAAAAAUGAAAAACUUUCAACUGAGGUUCAACAAUUAAAAGCGAAAAUUGACGAGUUGGACCAGAAGUCAUUGGAAAAUGCAGUUGAAAUUACUGGUAUACCUAUAAUGCGAAACGAAGAUUGUAAGUCUAUAGUUCAAGAAAUAUCAGAAAAAUUGGAAAUAAACUGUGAUGUAUUGAAAGCUUAUAGAAUAACAACUAAACAUAAAACCGAUAUGAAGAUAAUUGCUUGGUUAUCAAAUAAUAAUGAUAGAAACCGGUUGGUCACUGAAGCAAAGAAAAAUAAAUGGGCUGCUAAUCAGUAUCGGGGCGAUUGGCCAUCAUCUAAAAUUUAUAUUAAUAAUCAUCUGACAAAAUUUAGAAGAUUAUUGUUGUGGAAAACGAAGACAUUGGCGAAAGAAAAGGGCUACAAAUACGUAUGGAUGAACUCAACAGAUAUUUUAGUUCGUAAAGAUGAAAACACCAAAGUUACGAGGAUAUAUGAUGAAAUUGAUUUAAAUAAAAUAAUAUAG